AGAACAGAAAAGUUUGUUCUGGAUUGUGUUAAAAUUAUACUAUGUUAUUAACAAAAGAAAUUGGCUCAAUAAUAUAAUUGAGUUUCUUGGGAAUUUUUUUAUUAUUUCCGCAAGAGCGAUUGCUAAAGUGGCUUAUAAUUGACCCUUUUUGAUAGCGCUUCUUGUACAGCCAUAGUUAUCGAGAUUUGAAAAAGAAAUAAAAAAUAAUAUCAAUUUAUUUAUUUAUUAAACUGGUCAUGCCCGUUUGAUUUUGAACAGUGGGUACAAAACAACAUAGCAUUUAUAUCUUCAUUAAUUUAUCAUUCAUGCUUUAAAAGCAACAUUAAAAAUGUAACAGUUAAAACGUGUCAGUAGAAUGUAUGCGUAUGCAACCAAUUAUACAUCGAAUAUGCAUAUUUAAACCCGCUCGGUUUUUUGCAAUUGUUUAGUCUUAGACAAAAUAGGCGAUUUUUAAUUAAAUUUUAUUAAAAGAAAACAUCCCAUAAAUGUAUCAAAAGUAGGUCUAAACAUCCUGUCUUUUAAUUAAAUGUUUUAAUCAUCAGUUAGUUUAGAAGUCAGAAGUCAAAAACACCUUUUUUGCUGUUUAAAUCAGUAAGGUCUUUUGAACCAUUUAAUAAAAUUAUUUAGACAUUUUACUGAUGCUUGUCGCUUGACGCCCCUUAGACCUGGGUGCCUCAGGGAAUAGCCCGAUCUGCUCCCCCCAAAAGCCGACACUGUUGAUAGGGGUAUAUUUUCGAAAAAUUCUAUUAUAUAACUAGGUGCACGUAACAAAAAUUCCUUUCGUUUUUCUUUUGUCUCGGAACUGAGUACUUCUUGGAGAUAGUUAAUUAUAGAACGAGCUGUAAAAAAAUUGUCGGCGUGACAUUUAUGAUGGUCUCAUGAUUAAAAAUGACAUUUACGGCAUCAGCACUCCUUUUGACAAUAAUAAACAACAGGACAAGCGUUGUCUUCUCAUGUUCACACAAAGUAAAGUAAAUGUCCAGGUGGAGGCUGGCAUCAAGAAAGCUUUGUGAGCUUUCAAAAAAAAUGAAACAUGAGCUCGUUUGUUUCAAGCAGUAAUGGACGCUGCAUUGUGUGCUUUAUUAUAUAUUGGACGCUUCGGGGCUCGAUUUUAUUUGUGGUCAAGACACUGACAUGGGUGGUUUGCAACAUCAGUGCUCAUGUUUUCUUUUCUAUUUCUUCUUCGUUCAAUAUUUAAUGGCGUCAGCAUUUUGGAACGACGAUGCGUCCAAUUGGUUUACUGACUCAAUAUCGCCAGCAUCGUUUAAAAAGCAUUAUCCUUUCUCUCAAGAUACAAAUCCUUGCCAUACGAAUUAUUACAGCGAAAAGUGUCGGAUUUACCGUAAGCUUGUUUAUGGCAGUCAAACAUUAAACGAUGUUUUUGACGAAAAAGAUAGGUUGCAAUCGGAGAGAGAAAAGAAACUGAGUAAGAUCAGCGUCAAUCUUAAUGCCCAUUCGUGUCCUUGUGAAUACAACACAACCUACAUUGAUUUAGGGGACAAUGAUUAUUUUCCAAGGUGAGCUUAAUUGUAAAAGAGUUUUUUUAUUAAGACAAAUGUAAAGGCAACUUAGAUGCCUGGAAAGCAAACACGAUCAUAUUUGAUUUUAUUUAUUUUUAAAGUAGUAUCUAUGUGUCGUGAUGAGGCUUUCUGAAAUUUUGUUUUUUCUUUAAUGAAGAGAGAGAAAGAAACAUUGUAACUUUUUGUAUUUUUAGAUAAUUUUAUUUAAAUUUAGGACGAUAAACUCAUUUGGGUGAUUCCAUGAAAAUAGGCAACUUUAUGAUGUAAUUAGUCUUUACUAUUUUUUACAUAUUGUGCAAUUUUAAAUUAGUGUGUUUUGUGACUGAUCGAUAGAAUAAUUAAUGUUCAAAAGGGCCAGUCACUUUGUUUAGUAUUUUAAGAGAAAUUCAGGUUUUUGUAAAUUUAGACGUCUAGGGACUGACACAUAUAGCUAUGGACUGAUAUACUGUAAUAUAAGAUUUUUUAAGGCAAUUAGUGUAAUAAAAUAAGACUACUACACAGGCAUAGCUUCACUUUUAUCAGGAACGUAUUUUAGACAGUAUCAUUAUUAAUUCACUUAAAAAUUGUUAAUCAAGUGUAGCUUUAGCUAAAAUUCUUUAAGAUAAGGUAAAAA